UUCCUCUCAUCUACCUCGUACAGUAUAGCUCUCUUAUUCAUCUUCUUUUAAAUCCUAACACCACCCUCAACCCAAACCACCACCAUCCCCUCCUCUCCGUUGCCGUGGGGAUACAGGGGGACCAUGGCUGAUUGACAGCUUGCUUAGCCAAUUGGACUCACCCACAGCUGCAGAGCUGAGCACUCAUUGGCCGCUCUCUGGGGAACUGGAACAUAUCAAAGUGUGUGUGUGCAUUCGUACUGAGUGUUGUGUGUGUGUGGUUUUGUGUGUGUGGUUUUGUGUGUGUGUGUGUGUGUGUGUGUGUGUGUGUGUAAUAGAGUGAUGGAUGAUCUCCUCUCUAACAGCAGAGGAGAGAGAGAGGCAGGAUGGAGGAACGACAAACACAACCUGUCAUUCAUUCUCUGUAUCUCUCUCUCCUCUCUCCUUUUAAUUCCACAUCUCUCUCCCUUGCUCGCUCUCUCUCUCUCCCUCUCUCUCUCUGUCUCUCACCCCCCCCUCCUCUCCCUCUCUCUCCACAUCGCUCUGUAGCUUCUGAGCUGAAAACAGAGAAGACGUUGGUUCUUGGAGAUACUCGAGGAAAAAACUGGAAAAUAGCUGCUGCUGCCGCUUCUGCUGGAUGUUAACAUGUAUCGCUGUGUGCUUUAAUUAAAACACACACACGAACAGAGGGAAACACACACACACACACACACACACACACACACACACACACACACACACACACACACACACACACGCUCAGGGCUUCUGCAGUCAUGCCAGGAAUACCUGCUGAAUAUCUGCUGCUGCAUGGGACGUGAUGGAUGCUGCUUCUACUGAUGGAAACUGACACCGCUGACAGCGACGGAGGAUAAUAAUGAUGGAAGGUGGAGUGAUUUGUCGCCAGCCGGAGUCGCAGCAUUCCUCAACCGCCCCUCUGCUGCGCAUCACCGCUCCCUGAAGGAUACAUCGACCUUGACAUAUCGCAGCGUGUGUGCGUGACAACCUGGCACACGUCGAACUGAAAGGUUGCCCUGUCUGUGCCAAGAGCUGAGAGACAACACGGCCAAAGCUUCAGGGACCAGGAGUCAGCAGAAAUCCACUCUGUCUUACCACAGUAACAAAUGAGCUUUUAUUUGUGAAGUUAACAGCGCUAACAGCUGACUCCGCGAGGGCCAAUUACCGGUUGAAGGGAAUACGAGGCCAAGAUGAAGGAGACAGCAGUUGUGGCUUGUUUGCUGGCUGAGCUGUCUCUGGUGGCUUUUGUUCUGGCCUCUGAGGGAGGCGCUCACUGCCCGGCAUUGUGUCGGUGUGAGAUACGACCUUGGUUCUCACCCAGCUCUGUGUACGCCGAGGCUGCCACUGUGGACUGUAAUGACUUGGGGCUCUCAGGGCUCCUAGAGAGACUCCCCUCAGACACUCAGGUGCUGCUGCUGCAGACAAACAACAUCAUGAAAGUGGAGAAAACUUUGGAUUACUUGGACAACAUCACAGAGAUUGACUUGUCCCAGAAUAACAUCUCCUCUGUGGGCGAUGUUUGUCUGGGGCCGCUCCCCCAGCUGCUGUCACUCCACAUGGAGGAGAACUGGAUUCAGGAGCUUUCUGACAGCUGCCUUGCUUUCCUGCCCAACCUCCAGGAGUUCUACAUCAACCACAACCAAAUUUACUCCAUCCGCCCCAAAGCUUUCCAGGGUCUGAGCCAGCUGAUAAGGCUUCAUCUCAACUCCAAUCGACUGACAAGCAUCGACAGCCAGUGGUUCCAGCAACUCCCCAACCUGGAGAUACUGAUGCUUGGAGAAAACCCCAUUCUGGAGCUGUCGGACAUGAACUUCAAACCUCUGGAUAACCUGCAAAGCCUUGUGCUCGCCAAGAUGAACUUGACUGAAAUUCCUGAUAAUGCUCUGGAAGGCCUUGAGAAUUUGGAGAGCAUCUCAUUCUUUGACAACCUGCUCAAUCGAGUCCCAAGAGCAGCCUUAUCAAGAGUGCAGAAUCUAAAGUUUCUGGAUUUAAAUAAGAACCCCAUUGAGAGGAUCCAGAGAGGUGACUUCAUGGACAUGAUGCACCUGAAGGAGCUCGGCAUCAACAGCAUGCCUGAGCUCAUAUCUAUUGACAGUUUUGCCCUGAACAACUUGCCGGAGCUGACAAAAAUCGAGGCCACCAACAAUCCCAGGCUGUCCUACAUCCACCCCAGAGCCUUCCACAAGCUGCCCAGACUGGAGACUCUGAUGCUGAACAGCAACGCUCUGAGCGCCAUCCACCACAGCACCGUGGAGUCCCUGACCAACCUGCGAGAGGUCAGCCUGCACAGCAACCCAAUCCGCUGCGACUGCGUUAUCCGCUGGGUCAACAUGAACAGGACGACUGUGCGCUUCAUGGAGCCCGACUCGUUGUUCUGUGUGGAGCCUCCGGAGUAUCAAGGCCAGCACGUUCGAGAGGUGCACUUCAGAGAGAUGACGGAGAUCUGCCUUCCUCUCAUCUCACCCGCGAGUCUCCCAGAUCGAGUCGGAGUGGUCAAAGGGAGCUCUGUGUCGAUGCACUGUCGGGCGUUUGGAGAACCAGAGCCGGAGAUCUACUGGGUGACGCCAUCAGGUGACAGGGUCUUACCUGGGAGUGUUUCUGAUAAGUACUACAUGCAUCCUGAGGGAACCUUUGAUAUAUAUGACGCCACCGAGCAGGAAGCUGGAUCAUACACCUGCAUCGCUCACAAUCUUGUCGGUGCAGAUCUGAGGUCUGUGAUGGUUACGGUGGACGGACACAUUUCACAGCCCUCUAAUCGACCUUUACAUGUUUAUAUCACAUCAGUCCAAUCUCACUCUGUCAUGGUUUCCUGGGAGAGUACAGGUGGUUUGGUAUCGCAGCUCAAAUGGUCGAUUUUAGCUGACAGAAGUCACCUUUUGAUGCCAUUCAAAGCCAGGCUUCCUGCUGAUGUCAAAGAGUACCGCAUCAAACAGCUGAAGCCUUCCACCAGAUACAAGAUUUGUGUUGAGGUCACUGCAGGACGGCCCGGGAACAGCCGGGACUGUGUCAACGUGACCACAAAGGACGCAAUGGUCCCGAGGGAGAAACUCCAGAACUGGGACAGUUUGGUGAUGGCUUCCUGUGCCGUGAUUUUUAUCGUUGUUGCCGUGUCCUGCUCUGUCAUCUACACAUCUCUGUAUAGCCAGGUGUUUUACAGGAAACUGAUAGCGGACCAGGGGGAAAUACUGCUGAUUCCAGACACUCAAACGUCCUCUUCUUCUUCUUAUCUGGAAUUUGGUGCACCUGGGGUGAAAGUGAGGGCGACUGUGAUAGACUUACAGGGAGGCUCAAUGUGAGGAACGUUCUGUUUGGGAAAGCGCUUUGGGAUUAAACAAAUGACGGACGCUGGACGAUGUAAUUUAUGUGCCCGCUUUUCACAACUUUCAACGGGACAGUCUGCACUUGAACUCAGCUGAGGACAGCUCGUAUACAUUUACUCAACCAGCUAAACGCAGAGACUGUUUUGUAUUCCAAACUUGUGUCAUUAUAACAAGCUUAACCAGGAAGAUAUCUGGACUAUAAUCUACGUGGCGACCCGUCAUUCAUGCAGUGCGACCAGAGUAAAGCACAGCACAGGAACGCUUCUGUCUGAAAUACUCUGUUGAGACGGCUUUCUUGUCUGCAAAAAGCGUUUUCUUUGCUGUGUUACAUUCAACGGUGCCGAGCGAAGAUAGUUUAUAACAGAAAAAAAAAACGUGUUAGUCUAGUGUAAAAUACUCCGACUAUAAUGUAAACAAUUUUAUGAACAAAUACAUUUUUCAUUAAACCUGUGUGGUGUCUUAUAACUCUA